UCAGAACUGUUUGAAAACAGCGACAUAUUGACCAGAUGGAACAAAACAAAAGAGCAAAAUAUGAUUCAAUAGCUGCAACAGCUAUUCCAGGGAAAGCAACAAUGGAAACGUUUUAUACACAUGUCACCUCCAACACUCUGGAUUCUCAUCAGAAAUUUGUUCAGCGACUCAUCAAAGGAGGUGCAACUCAGGUAGACUCACCUGACAAGAGUGAUGUCAUCAUUGUCUUCUGUGCCAUCGUCAGUCGCCUCGGGACUGACAUAACUGCAGCAUUAUCUCACAUCUCAGAACUCUUUGGAUGUAAACCAGUGAUCCUGGUGGUGAUGCACCACACCUUCAACCCAGAGCUCACUGUGGCAGACAGCAGCAGAGUGGUGAACAGCAGCUCUGUCAAACUGGUUGUGGACUGUCUCUUCUAUGAGACCAAGGGACUUUUGGACUGCCCACGCAAUGAAAAUGCAGUCAGACAGGUUCUUGAACAGAUGGAUCUUCAAAAAUCAUCAUUUGGUCUAACUAUACCGAUAUCACAAACGUAUAAUAAGGGCAAAGACUGCACACUUUGCCAAGAAAAGGACCGACAACUUCAGGAAAAGGAGCAACAACUAAAGCUUAGGAGUGAUAACUUUAAAAAGAGAGAAGAGAAAAUGACUGAAGAGAUUAAGAAGCUAAAGGAUGAAAAACAAAAUAAGGAUAAUCAACUGCAGGAACUACAAAGAAAACUGGAAGACAAACACCCUGAGAAACUCCAGAAAGAAGUAAAGAAAAACAUGGAAGAACAGGGAGAGGGAGAAGCAGCUAUAUCUCACCGCACCUUCAACCCAGAGCUCACUGUGGCAGACAGCAGCAGACUGGUGAACAGCAGCUCUGUCAAACUGGUUCUGGACUGUCAAGUCCAUGAGACCAAGGGACUUUUGGACUGCCCACGCAAUGAAAAUGCAGUCAGAGAGGUUCUUAAAAAGACGGGUCUUCCAAAAUCAUCAUCAAAUGUGUCUAAGUGGAAAACACCGGCAUUCUGGCAAAGGCUCAGGGGCAAAGACUCCACACAUUGUCAAGAAAAGGACCGACAGCUUCAGGAAAAAGAGCAACAACUUCAGGAUAAGGAGCAACAGCUUCAGGAAAAGGAGCAACAACUUCAGGAAAAGGAGCAACAGCUUCAGGAAAAGGAGCAACAACUUCAGGAAAAGGAGCAACAGCUUCAGGAAAAGGAGCAACAACUUCAGGAAAAGGAGCAACAACCUCAGGAAAAGGAGCAACAGCUUCAGGAAAAGGAGCAACAGCUUCAGGAAAAGGAGCAACAACCUCAGGAAAAGGAGCAACAGCUUCAGGAAAAGGAGCAACAACCUCAGGAAAAGGAGCAACAGCUUCAAGAAAAGGAGCAACAACCUCAGGAAAAGGAGCAACAGCUUCAGGAAAAGGAGCAACAACCUCGGGAAAAGGAGCAACAACUUCAGGAAAAGGAGCAACAACCUCAGGAAAAGGAGCAACAACCUCGGGAAAAGGAGCAACAGCUUCAGGAAAAGGAGCAACAACCUCGGGAAAAGGAGCAACAACCUUCGGAAAAGGAGCAACAGCUUCAGGAAAAGGAGCAACAGCUUCAGGAAAAGGACCGACACCUUCAGGAAAAGGAGCAACAACUUCAGGAAAAGGAGCAACAGCUUCAGGAAAAGGAGCAACAGAUUCAGGAAAAGGAGCAACAACCUCAGGAAAAGGAGCAACAACCUCAGGAAAAGGAGCAACAGCUUCAGGAAAAGGACCGACACCUUCAGGAAAAGGAGCAACAACUUCAGGAAAAGGAGCAACAGCUUCAGGAAAAGGAGCAACAGCUUCAGGAAAAGGAGCAACAACUUCAGGAAAAGGAACAACAACCUCAGGAAAAGAAGCAACAGCUUCAGGAAAAGGAGCAACAACCUCGGGAAAUGGAGCAACAACUUCAGGAAAAGGAGCAACAACCUCAGGAAAAGGAGCAACAGCUUCAGGAACAGAAACAACAUGAAGAUGAGAAACAACUUGAAAAUGAGAAACAACUCAAGGAAGAGAAUGAAGUUGAGCAGAAACAACUUCAAGAGAAAGAGAAAGAACUUAACGAGGAGAAACAACUUAAAGAAGAUGAGAAACAACUUGAGGAAGAGAAACAAAUUAAGGGAGAGGAGAAAGAACCUGAGGAGAGAAAACUACAGGAAAAGGAGAAACAACUUGAGAAAGAGAAAAAACUUCAGGAGAGGGAGCAACAUCAUCAACAAAACCAAACUAAACUGAAAGACCAACACUCUGAGGAACUCCAGAGAGAAGAAAAGACAAACAUGGAAGAACAGGGAGAGGGAAUAGAAGCUCUGGAGGAGAGCAGCAACAAGCCUGAACAUCAAGGUAGGCAGCUGGGGAGAAGAGUAGGAGUGCAUAGCUCCUCAGGAUCUCAUCUGAUGAUGGAGACCCCCACGGUGACUUUCAGUAAGGUUUAUUGGAGCAUUGAGCUUUGGACCCCCACUGGAAGCAUGCCUUCAUGCUGUGUUGACCUUGAUAUGAAAAUAUAUUUUGAUUUGAAUGUGUACUUGAACACAGACAGAAAGAUUCAAAGUGGCAAAAUAUAAUGUGUUAAAAUAAUCACUCAUACAUUUUUUUGUAUCGCAAUAAUUUGUGGUCAAUGAAGUGCUUCCUUGUUUUUCUGAUGACGCCCUGGAUGUCCCUCAAGGACCCGCUAA